AUGUCUUCCCCCGAAUAUGAAUUUGUAUCUAAAUUCCUGACAUUGGUCAGUAUUUCAGAGCCUGUAUUAACUGCCGAUUACAAGUUGCCAUUGCAACAUGUCACAAAACUCGGUGUUGCAUUACCAGCUUUAAAAUACAGAUAUGACUUCAAAAAGUCCAGAAACAGUUCAAGAAAUAAUGAUGCGUCCGGUGGCCCAGCCAUUGCAUUGAAUUUGAAGAGUAUUAGAGCCCCAAAGUUCUCAAUUGAUCAGCAAUUUGCCGGCAAUGAUACAGUUUAUCAAGUUAAAGAAUACUUAGUCAAAGAAGGUAAGGCCCAACAAAUACAACAAUUUAAGCUACUUGUGAAAGGCAAAGUUCUUCAUGACAGUGAAUUAGUCUCUGACGUAGCAAGCGGUGGAACUAAUAUUGUCGUCAUGAUCUCCAAACCUAUUGUCGACGAGGGCAGCCCUAGCUCUGUUUCUUCAUCAUCCCUAGGAGAAAAGGUAGCAACAACUGAACCGAUAGACAUUGACGCCGAAAUUCCCUGGAAUGAUAUUCAGUCUGCGCUUAAGUCUAGUUUAAAUAGUGAGGAAGCCGUUGCUCAAGCUAUGGAUCGUCUGAAAAGGGGAUACGAGUUAGCCAAGUAA